AUGACCCCUGGCCUGUCUGAUCACUCUCCUCUAGUGAUCAGGAGUGAUCUGGAGACAAACCAGGGGGGCAUGCCUUUCAAAAUUUUCAAUCAUAUGGCUGAUCACAAGGAGUUUGAAUUGACUACUGCUAGUGAUAUUGCAGGAGAGAUCAGGAAAAUCUACACAUCCCUAGUGGGCUCUACUGAUCCUACACUUAAAGGAGUUGACCUGGCUAUUGUAAGGAAGGGGCCUACUAUAACUGAUGAUGCAGCUAUUAGUUUGAUUCAGCUUGUCACUACUCAGGAAAUUGAUGCUGCACUUAGUGGUAUUGAUGUUUCAAAAGCACCUGGACUUGAUGUAGUUACCUUGGUGCCUAAAAUUAAGAAUUCUUCAAGAAUAACUGAAGUUAGACCAAUUGCCUGUUGCUAUGUGGUGUACAAGAUUAUUGCUAAAAUCCUUACUGCCAGAAUGCAACCAAUAGUGGGUAACAUCAUUAAUGGAUCAAAAGCUGGGUUCAUUCCUGGUAGGUCUAUAGCUGACAACAUUUUGUUAGCUUCUGAAUUGAUCAAGGGAUACAACAGGAAGUAUAUUUCCCCAAGAUGCAUGAUCAAAAUAUUAUUUAAGGAAAGCGUAUGA